AUGACGGACGCGACCUCCUCGAACGCGGCGCACUUUCCCGAGCCCAACCCUACAGCCAGCCUCUUGCUCUCGCACCGACCACCGGCGGGCAAGAUCGCUCUGGUCCUCGGCACGGGCAAGCUUGCUGCCUCUCGCUGCUUUGCCCUGCUCGAAGCGGGGAUCCGACCUGUCGUCAUCAGCGUUGAAGCUUCUGCUCGAACUCAAGGCGCCGACUUUUGUCCCGAGAUCGCGCACCGUCUCGCUUCGCAUCAGGUCUCGCACCAUUCUAUAGCUGCCCACCUCUUCAGCACGCGUACCUCGGUUCAAACCACAUUCGACGCCAUUCUGGAUAGCUACGAUGGCGAGGACAACCUCAUCUUUGCCGUUUGCGUAACGGACACGCUGCACUCGGGCGACGACGAGCCCGCUUCCUCUGCCAAGGUCAACGCCGACGACGGGGACGACGCGGUUGCAACCGAAGCAACACUAACUUCGUACGCACGGGCCGAGAUCAUCAGUCGUCUAUGUAGGAAAAGAAGGAUACCGGUGAAUGUAGCAGACAAACCAGGGCUGUGCGACUUUUCCUUCCCUGCCAGCUACCGCUUUCCCUCGACCACCUCCACACCCUCCUCGUCAUCCCUUCAGAUCGCGGUUACGACGAAUGGUCGUGGGUGUCGUCUCGCUGGUAGGAUCAGGAGGGAAAUCGUCUCUGCCUUGCCACACAAUGUCGGAGAUGCAGUUGAAAAGGUUGGACUCAUGCGCGAUAUGGCUAAGCGUCAGUCCGAAGCGUCUUCCGACCCAUCCACGUCCGACCCCACCAAGCCUCCCAGACGCAAGGGAAGGAAGAAUGGCACCUCCGAGAUCGAAGAAGAGGACCUGUCAUUCGAUGCUACACCGCUCAAUAGCCCGGUCCCGCAGCUAGCGCCCAAGAACCCACUCGAGUCGGUCACGACCACACUGCGGCUGCAGCAGCUGCAAGCGCAGCACGAACGGGAGCAGCACGAGGCGGAGGAGCGCACCAAGCGCCGCAUGCGCUGGGUGGCGCAGAUCAGCGAGUACUGGCCCAUCGAGUAUCUCGGCAACCUGGGCGAGGGGCAGAUGGAUGAGGUGUUGCGGACGCAUGGUGAGCCGUCUGAUGCGCCACGAGGGCGAACUUCGUCCCGCAACGAGGAAGCCACCACAACGCCCACGCAGAGUGUUGCACAUCGUGCACGCUCCCAGCACUCACUCGACAUCCGACCUCCACAACCAUCGACAGGUCGGGGGCAUAUUUACUUGCUUGGUAGUGGGCCCGGUCAUCCAGGUUUGCUGACCACCUUCGCCUACCGUCUCCUCACCUCCCCGACCACGUCGCUCAUCCUCUCGGACAAGCUCGUCCCAUCAUCCAUCCUGAACCUCAUCCCGUCGUCCACACCGCUCGAGAUCGCACGCAAAUUCCCUGGUAACGCGGAAGGCGCGCAAUCCGAGUUGAUCGCGAAAGCCCUCCGUGCCGCAUCGGAGGGCAAGACGGUGGUGCGACUCAAACAGGGCGAUCCGUUCGUAUACGGUCGUGGGGGGGAAGAGGUGUUAGCCUUCCGUGCCGCGGGAUGCGAGUGUACGGUCGUGCCCGGAAUUAGCAGUGCGAUUGCUGCACCGGCGCUGUUGGGCAUUCCUGUGACGCAAAGGGGUGCUGCGGACUCCCUCGUGCUGUGCACGGGGGUGGGGAAGGGGGGUGGGAGGGUGAAACUGCCAGGGUACGAGAGGGGGAGGACGGUGGUCGUGCUGAUGGGCGUAGCGAGACUGCGGGCGGUGGUGGCGACUUUGACCGAGGGCGCAAGACAGAGUACGGGGGAUAAUGGGGGGGACAUCGGGGAUAGAGAGGGGGGAGUGUAUCCGCCGUAUACGCCAAUUGCGAUCAUCGAACGGGCAAGCAGCUCCGACCAGCGCAUGGUGGCGAGCACGCUCGAGGGGAUCGUCGAAGCGUUGGAGAACAGCGGUGAGCAGCGGCCCCCGGGGAUGAUGGUCAUCGGUUGGUCGGUGCUCUCCCUCGAAGGGAAAGGGGAUGUGACGGUACAAGACGAUGCGCUGUCGCUGCAAGGCGAGGAGCUGGAAAGACGCGAUAGGGAAAGGGUGUCUUCAUGGCUCAAGGGUCGAAGGUGGAUUGUACGAGAGGGUCUGGAUCAGGCAUACAGGUCUGCGCUGACCGCAUUCCAGACCAAUCCGCUGCAGUUCUCAGAGUCACCGCUGGUACACCAUGCGGACAGCCCGAAGGAGGAAAGGUUCAACAAACGGGACGAGGCAGGCUGGGCACCUCCACGGUAUCCCACAGGUGUCCCAGAGGGAGGAUGGAUGGCCGGAGAAGCACCCAAUCGCCCCGCAACCGAUCAGAUCGCCUACGAGCAGGACAAGACCUAUGCCGAGAUUCAGGCUCGUCUUCGGGAAUGGUAG